GCACACACGAUGGGAUUUCCAUCCUCUCCGGCGCGCAGGAUACACCAGGUAGUUGGGAAGAGAGCGGAGACAAGUGUGGGAAGCCGUGGAGGACUUAAGCUUUUCCCUGGGUUUUCCAGCUGAGUCGCACCUCCAAGAUGAUGAGUUACUACAUGGACACGACCAUCGGCAGUGCAGCCCCUUAUCCUUUGGCUCGGCCUGGAGUGAUGAAGGCGGGAGCCGCCGGUGCCUGCGAGGAUCCCUGGGUGAGCUGUGGCUUCCAGGCCUCCUGCUGCCCCCCCCGGCCCUGCUGCCCGCUGUGGGACGAGCCCAGCACGCAGGAGGUGCCCACGGGGCUGGAGCACUACGGCACAGACAUGGAAUGUGCCGAUGUGCCUUUAUUAACUCCCAGCAGCAAGGAAAUGAUGUCCCAGGCAUUGAAAGCCACGUUCAGUGGCUUCGCCAAGGAGCAGCAGCGGCUGGGAAUUCCCAAAGAUCCCCAGCAGUGGACGGAGACGCACGUGCGGGACUGGGUGAUGUGGGCGGUCAACGAGUUCAGCCUCAAGGAGGUGGAUUUCCAGAAGUUCUGCAUGAAUGGAGCUGCCCUCUGUGCCCUGGGCAAGGAGUGCUUCCUGGAGCUGGCGCCUGACUUUGUGGGAGACAUCCUUUGGGAACAUCUGGAGAUCCUGCAGAAAGAAGAGGUAAAACCAUACCCAGCAAACGGAGCGAACACAACGUAUCCCGAAUCCCGCUACACCUCCGACUACUUCGUUAGUUAUGGCAUUGAACACGCCCAGUGUGUGCCUCCCUCGGAGUUCUCGGAGCCCAGCUUCAUCACAGAGUCCUACCAGACCCUGCACCCCAUCAGCUCCGAGGAGCUGCUGUCCCUCAAGUACGAGAGCGACUAUCCCUCGGUCAUCCUGCGGGACCCGCUGCCCGCGGACCCCCUGCAGACAGACUACUUCAGCAUCAAGCAGGAGGUGGUCACACCAGACAACAUGUGCAUGGGACGUGCCAGCAGAGGCAAACUGGGAGGCCAGGACUCCUUCGAGAGCAUCGAGAGCUACGACAGCUGUGACCGGCUGACGCAGUCCUGGAGCAGCCAGUCCUCCUUCCAGAGCCUGCAGCGCGUCCCGUCCUACGACAGCUUCGACUCCGAGGACUAUCCCGCCACCCUGCCCAGCCACAAGCCCAAGGGCACCUUCAAGGACUAUGUUCGGGAUCGGGCCGACAUGAACAAGGACAAGCCCGUCAUUCCUGCUGCUGCCCUGGCUGGAUACACAGGCAGUGGACCCAUCCAACUGUGGCAAUUCCUGCUGGAACUGCUCACUGACAAGUCCUGUCAGUCCUUCAUCAGCUGGACGGGCGAUGGCUGGGAAUUCAAACUCUCUGACCCAGACGAGGUGGCCAGGAGAUGGGGCAAGAGGAAAAACAAGCCCAAGAUGAACUACGAGAAGCUGAGCCGGGGGCUGCGUUAUUACUACGACAAGAACAUCAUCCACAAGACGGCGGGGAAGCGCUACGUGUAUCGCUUCGUGUGCGACCUGCAGAGCCUGCUGGGCUACACCCCCGAGGAGCUGCACGCCAUGCUGGACGUCAAACCCGAUGCUGACGAGUGAAGAGGACCCAGGGCCACCCCCGUCCUCCUGGAGAGCCUUUGGGACUGUGUUGGUGCAUUUUUUCCCCGCCUUUUUUGCUGUUCUUUUUGCCGUUCGUUACGUUGUGUUUUUUUCGGGAGCGACUCGGAUUUGAUGCUUUGAGGGGGUCGGGUGGAGGAAGAGGCAAACUUUUGGCCAAAGUUUGGUUCAGAGUUAGGAUGGGCUUUGUGGUUGUUUCCUGCAAGCUCCAAGACAGGCCUUUUUUGGGGCGAAAUUCUCUCCAUUCAUUACGUUGUUUUUUUUUUCAAGAGCGACUCAGAUUUGAUGCUUUGAGGGUGUUGGGGGAGAGGGUGGAGGAAGAGCCAAAUUUUGGCCAGUUUGGUUCAGAGAAGGAUGGGCUUUAUGGUUGUUUUCUGCAAGCUCCAAGACAGGCUGUUUUGGGGUGAAAUUCUGAGUUUAAGAAAGCCAGAAAAAUGUAGCUCAUUUAAAAAAACCAACAACCCUCUCCCCACCCUUUGCUGUUUAGAAAAAAUAUGAUGAAAUGGAUCCCUGUGGUUGUUCACCCAAACUGACAGUUGAAGAAAUGACAAUAUUCCCAAGGAUUUCAGGAUUUUCAACUUUUUUUGGGGGGGUUGGGGAGGGGAAAAACCAACUGGGUGAAUAUUCCUGCUUCGGGGAGGGGCAAUAUAGGAAAAACACAAGAACUGUUGUUCUUGUUCCAUCACUUUUCUGUCCAUUGUCUUCUUUUCUACAAGAGACAGAUUUUUUUUUUUCCUAGGAGGGAUC